CUGGGUGUUCCAAGCAGGCAGCGCAUCGGAUCGUUUUCACCGCUCUCCCGUAACCGCCAUCGCUUCUGUUAAUUAUCUGUCCGCAAUAUCGACCGGUAAAUAUAUAACAAAGCGGAAAUCCUUCGCUCUGUAAACUGGUGUCUAACGGAAGGAGGAAGGUGACUUCGCCCCAGGCCGAGAGAGGGUCGCCGGACACCCGCAGCAACAGUAUGUCCGCCCCCAGGCGUAGGAGUUGCACCAUCUUACUGGUGUUUUACAUGCUGAUGGCCAACCACGAAGACAGCCGGUGCGUCGGUUCCGCGAUUGGCAACUUGAACAGCGCAGGUUCUCAGGGGUUAGUUGUUUCGGGAAGAAAAUUCCUGGCCAUUUUCCUAGAGAACCACUCGAACACAGCCGUCCUGGCCUUGAACAUUAUCACCUACGAGAAGGCGGCCAACGUGAACGUCUCGAUUUCCGUCCCGCCUUUCUUUCGGGCCCAGACCAUUGGAGCCAGUAACAGCGCUGUGGUCAACCUGGAGCCCAUCUUCAUGCUUAAGGGUAAUGAGAUCUCCAAGAAGGUUAUCACCAUCACGGCUGACGAGGACAUCUCAGUGGUGGUGCUGAAUACCCGUUACAACACCCAGGAUGCCUACCUAAGCCUGCCUGUCGUUAACCUGGGCACCACGUACUUUGUAGUCACUUACAACGGGGUCCGAACCAACCACAGGCAGUUCGCCAUCGCCAACGGCAACGAACAGGUCCGGGUGACUAUCACGGUGGCGGGCGCAGUAGAGUUCAACGGCACUCAGUACUCGGACAAGCAGCAGUUCAACUUCACCAUGGAGCCCAACCAAACCGUCCAGUUCCAGAGCGAAGUCGACCUGACCGGCACCAAGGUGGUGUCUUCCAAACCGGUGGCGGUCUUCAGUGGAAACCGGUGCAUCAUGAUCUCCUCCGGCGACUGCGACCACGUCGCCGAGCAGCUUUUCCCGGCGGACAAGUGGUCCUACUCCUUCGCCGUCUUCCCCCUGAUGGACAAAGAGACGACUGACCUGGUCACCGUGAUGGCGGGCGAGAACGACACGGCCGUCAGCAUCUACUCGGAGGAGGGAAACGUCAACUUCGUGCUUCAGGAAGGUUCCCACAUCAACCUCACCGUCAGCGGGGGUAUGAUCGUCAAUUCAGCCAAGGCCAUCAUGGUGACCUACCUCUCGACGGGGGGAAGCAACAGCCUGGUCCCCACUUUCGACCCGUUCCUGAUGAACGUCAUCCCCUCCGUCUACUUCAGCGCCUUCUACGUCUUCGUGACCUUCGCCAACUUUUACAAUUACAUCCUCAUCGUCUCAUCCACGCCGAACUACAAGCAAAUCGUCCUGGAUGGAAAGCCCCUGUCCAGCUACUCCUCGGAGAACAUCACCUUCUGGGACUUCACCGCCACCCGGAUCUAUCUGGGCAAGACGGCAGGCCGCUACGUGAUAAUGCACGCGGAAGCGCUCUUUGGCAUCUACGUCUACGGCAUCGCCCGAGGGGAGGCAUACGGCUACUCGAUAGGAGGCAAAAGGAACAGCGUUGAAAUAAGGAAGUCGGCGUCGUUCAUCUGCAUGACGCAGGCGGCUGAAUACACCUUCCCGACCAGCGUCCUCACCAGCGCUGGGGUAGCCCUCGCCGACGUGCAUCUUAUCGACCCGACCUGCAAGGCCCACCAGCAGGACGAGAACUGGGUGAUCAUCACUGCUCCGUUUGACUCCUGCGGGACCAUCAUCAGCAACCAGACUGGGAAGAUAAUCUACCUCAACACCAUUUACGGAAGUGUCCCACGUACUCCAGUUCACCGGCUGGAGAUCGAACUGAAGUGCGAGAUGUCAGUCAACGAAAGCGUCAGGAUGGGAUUUAUGCUGCAGACCAAUCACCUGGUUCGGUUCGGACACUACAACGUAUCCUUUAAGUUGUUCCGCUCAAUAAACUACGACGACCCAAUCCUGCAAUUCCCUUACCAAAUUGAACUGAACGGGACGUUGUUCGUUCAGAUGGAGGCCGAGACAACUGACGCGGGAGUACAGAUCUUCACGGACACCUGCGUGUCCGUGCCCUCGCUGAACACCAACAAAGUACCGUAUACCAUAAUUCAAAACGGUUGUGUCCACGACCUGACAUUCAAGUCGCAUGAAACCAGUGACACAAGAAAGCAGCGCUUCAGCUUCCACGUGUUCAAGUUCGAGGACUUCCCGCAGGUCUACAUCUUCUGCGAUCUGGUGCUCUGCCACAACAGCUCGUCGCCCAACCGCUGUGAGAAGGGCUGCAUCCCGUCGCGGAGGAAGAGGGAGCUCCAGGCCCACUGGCGGAAUGACAAGGCCGCCCAUCUCUCGCAGGGUCCCCUGGUCUUCUCCGCCAGCAGGCUGGGACAACGUGAUCUGCGCCUCAGUUCUGAAAGAAAAGAAGCCGGUUACAAUAUGUAUAUGUUUGGGGCUCUAUCUGCUAUUUGCCUGAGUUUACUCACUGCUUUGGUCCUUCAGAGAAAAUACUACUUGCAGCAAAACUGACUGAUUAUUGCAUAGCUCAUCUAGGUAAAAUAAAACAUUUGAGUAAAUGGAAGCAAAACAUAUAUUUUCCUUAGUUUUAGGUCAACUGCACACUACGUCCAUUUCAAAUUCGAUCUCUUUUUGUGCUAAAGUCUGCUUGUCAAAUGACAAAUCUAUGCGGGGUUGCAACUCAGUUAGGUUAUGUAAGAUGCAAAGUGUGAAAAUCAUGAGUGUUGAUACCUUUGUGUCGUGUUGAAUUAUUUUGAUUUUGUUUUUCAGUAGAAGAAUGACACUUAUCCACCACGACUACAUUGAUAAUCAAUUAAUUCAAUUCAUUAUGUAAGGUGUUGCUUUAAUAUUCACAAUAAAGGGGAAAUAUUAUAGUAAAUUUUAAGUAUCUUAGUUGUUAAUAGAAGUGAUCAGCUGCUUAU